AUGAACAAACUAAUCAUUGCUCUUGUAGCCACUGUACUCAUCGCUUCUUGCUUGGUCAACUGCCAAUAUAGCAACAAUUAUGGUACUAAUUAUGGUACAUCAGGAGGUUCUGGUUCUAACUAUGGAGUCACUGGAGGAAAUUACAAUCAAUAUGGACAAAAUACUCAAUCCUAUUGGAAUCAAGUGAAUGCAGUCAACUCAAAUCCAUAUUCAAGUUAUGGAUCUUAUUAUACUGGACCAACUAGUUAUGGAAACAAUUAUGGAAGUGCUUAUUCAAUGCCAUUCUAUGGUGGUUAUGGUGGAUAUGGUGUUCCAUUCUAUGGUGGAUAUGGUGGUUAUGGUGGUUAUGGUGGAUAUGGUUGUGUUGGAGGUGUUAGAUGGUGUUAA